GAAAAAGCAAGCACUGAUCUGGUAGGUCCAGUCGGCUCGAGCGGCUCGCAAGGGAGGUGACUGGCAGGAAGCCCGCGGCCAGGGCACUGGGGGCAGCUCCCAAGGCCCAUCCCGCCCUGCGGCGGUGGCAGGUGGACUUUGCCCGCCUGGAAGACGCCGUGCCACAGGGGCUCUCCUGUCACCAGUGGCCCGCUGGUGAUGCCGGCAGCCCCCCCGCACGUCGCCUAAGCACGCCAUGGCAGAACUUUGCAGGGUGUCCCCCGAAAUCCUUGUCCCGGCCACCAACGAGACGCUGGAGCUAGCGCUGGGGAGCCGAAUAGAGCUGAACUGCACCGUGCACUGGGCGGCUGCCGAGCGCUGCGAGCCCACCCCUGCCUGGACCAAAGACGGGCAGUGGCUGGGCAGUGAGAGCAGCCAGGACACCACCUGGGUUGCCCAAAAUGCCUCGGAGUGGCUCCUAACCAGCAUCCUGCAGCUCAACCUCACUCACGAUGCUGACUUCGGGGUGUUUGCCUGCUGGGUCAGCAAUGCCACGGCCACCUUCACCCUGCGGCGAGUGGAGGCAGCAGGCCACGUGCUCGCGGUGCUGGCAGCCCUCCUGGUCCUGGUGCUCCUGGUGCUUCUGGCCGGGCUCUAUGUCCGAUGCCGCCUGAGCAUGCUCCUCUGGUACCGGAACCGCUACGGCGAGCUGGAAAUGAACGACGGGAAGCUGUACGACGCCUACGUCUCCCACGCCACCGCCCCGGACGACCGAAAGUUUGUCCACUUCAUUGUGAAGCCACAGCUGGAGAACCGCUACGGCUACAAGCUCUUCCUGGACGAGCAAACCAUCCUGCCCAACUCAGAGCCAUCGGCUGACCUGAUCAUGAACGUGAGCCGGUGCCGGCGUCUCAUCGUGGUCCUCUCCGUCGCGUACCUGGAGCAAGACUGGUGCACCAGUGGCUUCAGGGAAGGGCUUUGGAGGCUGCUGGAGCUUUCCAAGAAACCCAUCUUCAUCGUCUUCGAGAGCCAGUACCGCGAGAUCGCCCACCCUGCCAUCAGCCUGCUGAAGCAGCACAGGAACGCGGUGACCUUGCUGGUGUGGCGAGCUGGCUCCAUGACCCCGUCAUCGGACUUCUGGAAGGAGCUGUGCCUGGCCCUGCCCCGCAAGGUGUCCUUCCAGGGGACCAUGGCAGACCCGCAGACCCAGCUGCAGGAGGACAAGGACCCCAUGCUGAUCCUGCACAGCAGCUACCUGGACAGUGGUGGAGACCUCCACCCGGAUGGGGACCUCGGUACAGGCCUCCGAGGGUACGCUUUCAGAAGCCCCCGGCCCCCCCGCAUCGGCGGCCUCGGCGCUCCCCUGGCUCCGGCUGCUGGCACGACAGAGGACACGCAGCUGAGGGAUAGCCAGAGACCCGAGCUCGACGUCUCGGACCUGGGAUCGCGCAACUACGGCGCCCGCAGAGACUUCUACUGCCUGGUGACAGAGGACAUCUGAGUGGGGCUGCGGGCCGGCAAAGGCGGUGUCCCCCUUCCCUGUGGGGCCGCACGGACCCAGGUCAUGGCCAGAGGAGCCCAGGCUUUAUGGUAGGACCAAAGCCAAGGUCUCGGUGGGAAAGGCAGGAGCUGGCUCCUUCUGGCAGCACAAUCUGUGGUGGAAAACCACCAGGGGACAGCCCUGCCCGUAGUGCCUGGACACCCUUGGGUGCUGUGCCCCCUUCCCUCGUCGUGGGCGGCAGGGACAUUUUUCCUAUAUGAUGGACAAGCGUUGGGAUGGGCGAUGCUCUCCGAGAAGCAACGUGCCCCAGUCCCGGUGGCCCAGGGCCUGGGAAAUUCCCAGCAGGAGCGGCUGCAGCACCCUCUCUCCCCCAGAAACCCCUGUGCCAAUAAAAUGCUGCUGCUCC